UGCCAUCUCCCACAGAGCGUGCCAGACCAGAAACAACUCCGCUCCAGAGAGAGUAAAGACGCAAAGAUGAAGGUGUCAUAUGUGGCCGCUUUCCUCAUCGGGCUCCUCUCCCUGGAGAGCACCAGAGCGAUUCCGUUGAAAAACCAGUUGUGGUCUGUGGGCUCUGGUAGCGUAAAGACCGGUGACGUGGGCCACGGCAGCUUUAACGACAACAGCAAAAACAACCAAUUCUGGUCAGUGGACUCUGGUAGCGUAAACACCGGUAACGUGGGCCACGGCAGCUUUAACGACAACAGCAUAAACAACAAAUUCUUGCCAGUGAAAAACAACAAAUUCUGGGCAGUGGGCUCUGGUAGCGUAAAGACUGGUGACGUGGGCCACGGCAGCUUUAACGACAACAGCAAAAACAACCAAUUCUGGUCAGUGGACUCUGGUAGCGUAAACACCGGUGACGUGGGCCAUGGCAGCUUUAACGACAACAGUAUAAACAACAAAUUCUUGCCAGUGAAAAAGAACAAAUUCUGGUCAGUGGGCUCUGGUAGCGUAAACACUGGAGACGUGGGCCACGGCAGCUUUAACGACAACAGUAUAAACAACAAAUUCUUGCCAGUGAAAAAGAACAAAUUCUGGUCAGUGGACUCUGGUAGCGUAAACACCGGUGACGUGGGCCACGGCAGCUUUAACGACAACAGCAUAAACAACAAAUUCUUGCCAGUGAAAAAGAACAAAUUCUGGUCAGUGGGCUCUGGUAGCGUAAACACCGGUGACGUGGGCCAUGGCAGCUUUAACGACAACAGCAAAAACAACCAAUUCUGGUCAGUGGGCUCUGGUAGCGUACAGAUCGGAAAUGUGGGCAAUGGCAGAUUAAACGACAACAACCAAAACAAACAAUUCUGGGCUGUGUGCUCCGGUAGCGUAAAAUCCGGCAACGUGAGCAAUGGCAUCUUUGACAUCAGCGUUGAUGGAAGACUGGGAGGAGGCAUGUCUGCUGAUGGAAGCCUUGCAGGCAAUGUGUCUUCCCUGGAGUGAUUAAUUAAUAAGAGAUACGCUGAUGAAACCACAUUUGCUGAACACGGCGAUGAUGCCUGCCAUUACGCUUCCUGUGCUGCUGCCUCUCACCUCUCCUGACCAAUCAAAUGCCACGAGAAUCAUCAAUCGGACUGAUUGGGAUUCUAACUGAUCACUGUGCUGUUCAUUGAUUGUAGUGUCUCUCGAUGUAACAGAGGGCAAAGAGUUCUGUCCCUCUGUUGCCCUGGGGAAUGGCAAGAGCUUUGCAAAAAUACAAAUAAAUGGAACUGCAC